AUGGGGCGUGGUCGGCCAAAGAAGAAGGUGGCGAUGACUCCUCCGACGAGUGUUAGGGUUUUCUCGUCAACACCAAACUCCAAUAGGGACACAAGUAACACAAGUGAUGGAUCGGAGAAAGGACCUACAAGACCUAUACUGGAAAGAAUAGUGGAAAAAAUAGACAAAGAGAACAAAGAGGAUGUUGAGUCUCCAAAACCUUGGGUGGAUAUCAUCAAGGGGAACAAACUGGCUGUGAAUGGAAGUGUAAUAGAAUACAAUGCACCUAUGCUAGUAAAUGGAGAGAUUGAAGUGCACAUUGAGGAACAGGAUGUAGCAUCUGAGAAAAAGUUCUGGAAAAAUGCUCUGAUCAUGUAUGCAAUUGGAGAGGAGUUGUCAAUGAAUGCAGUAAAGAAAUUCAUGAAGACUACUUGGAAUUUUGUGUCCCUGCCGGAUCUUUACUAUAAUGAAGAAGGAUAUUUCAUUAUCAAGUUAAAGAGUAGUGAGGAUAAGACUGAAGUGCUUAUGAGAGGACCAUACACAAUAUACAAGAAGCCAAUCCUGUUACAUGAGUGGAAUCCCAAAUUCACCUUGCAAGAUGACAUUCUCAGGGUUCUACCAAUCUGGGUGAUGUUUUCCCAACUGCCUUUAGUAUAUUGGGGUGAAAAAAGCAUAGGGAAGAUUGCAAGUGCUAUUGGAAAACCCCCAAAUGACAAAUGA